GCGGAAUUUCGAAAAUGUAUAUUAUGCCUGCGAAAUGUUUGCGUAUACGGACUAGCACGGUCUACUUGCCCGCCAUCUGUCCGAUCCAGAAUCUGUGGGAAGGUUGAGUCUACUGGCAACUUAAAUCUCCGGCGACCUCAAACUCAGCAGACCUGCUGAGCUCUUCUCCUCUCUCUGAGACUGUUGCAGGUGGAGUUAGAGUUCUAGAAAACUGUUCUUUGUUCCAAUAACCCUUGUAAAAUACAGUUUUGGAAUGGGAGUAAUGACUUUCUCGAGCUCUACAACACAGAGUCCGCCAGGAUUGAGCAGAAGAGUUCCAUCUCGUUUACGGCCGCUUAAAAGAUCAUCAGUAUUGAUGUCCAAAAUCGAUAAACCAAAACAUUCCCCAUUAGUUGUUUCACCUAAUCAAGCAGUACCAUUAUCUGUAGAGACAUCAAAAGAAAAUGAAAAGAGACCAAGUACUCUAGAAGGACUGGAUUACAAUGAAGCAGCUGCCAAAUUUGAGAAAUUAUACAAAGAUAAUCCAGAACCUCCGAGUCAAAAGAAGAAGAAAACGACACGUUUGAGUCUUGAUAAGAGGAUUGCUCUUAGAAAAAUGAAGGAAGAAGGUGAAAUAGUGGCAUCUUCAUGCAAAAAGAAGUUGAAGGAGGAAACUGAGGAAGAAAAGAGGGAUAAACUUGUGAGAGAAUAUUCUGCUGGUACAGGUGUGGUGGGCAUGGGUUGGAAGAAAAUGAAAAUCCCAGCAGUGCUUCCUUCAUCUGAGCAUGCUUGGCUCUUUAACUUGAUGCAGCCAAUGAAGGUAAUCCUUCAAGUUAAGGAUAAAUUACAAAAGGUUCUGGGACGUGAACCUUCUAAUGUUGAAAUAGCUGAGGCAACAAAUGUGGAUACUGCUCAAUUAACAAAAACAUUGGAAGUUGGUCAAGCUGCAAGAAACAAAUUGAUUAAGCAUAAUCUCCGACUUGUUGUGUUUGUCAUCAACAAAUAUUUUCAAGAGUUUGCAAAUAGUCCGAAGUUUGAAGACAUGUGUCAGGCAGGAGUGAAGGGACUGAUUACAGCCAUUGAUCGAUUUGAACCAAAAAGAAGGUUGCAGCUCUCAACAUAUGCACUCUUUUGGAUUAGACACACAAUCAUACGUUCCAUGACCCUUUCUAGCUUCAUUAAAGUCCCUUACGGACUUGAGUCAGUAAGAUCUGAAAUCCAGAAGGCCAAAUUAGAGUUAUCGUUUGCACUUCAUAGAGUGCCAACAGAAGAAGAAAUAGCAGAAAGAGUAGGAAUCUCCCUUAACAGAUAUCAUGAAGUGAUGAAAGCAUCAAAACCGGUUUCCUCUCUCCAUGCAAGGGAUCCGAUCACACAAGAAGAGCUUAUCAACGGAAUAGCUGAUACUGAUGCUGUUGAAUAUGCUGAUAAGAGGCAACAACUUGCUCUGCUCAGACUUGCUCUUGAUGAUGUGAUUGAUUCGAUGAACCCGAAAGAAAGCAUUGUAAUCAGGCAAAGAUAUGGACUGGAUGGUAAAGGCGGUAGAACCUUGGGAGAGAUUGCAGGAAACCUAAAUAUUUCAAGAGAGAUGGUAAGGAAGCACGAGAUGAAAGCAAUGAUGAAGCUCAAACAUCCUGAACGGUUGGAUUAUCUUCGCAGAUAUAUUUCUAAACCAUCAAAUUAAUUAACUUCCACCCCUCAGUCAAUUAUUAAAUAUUUACUCCCAAAUACAUGUCUUUGUGAUUGUCAGUUGCAACAAUAAUCAUUUGUUGUAUCAUAAUCACAUAUAUGUAAUGUAACUACAUAUGUAGUAUUAUAAAGAGAAAAAUAGUCACAUCUUUUUCUUUAAUUAUAAAAAAGAAGGUAAUUACUAAUUAUAACGAUAUAUGUAUCGCAUGAACUAUGAUAAUAAAAAUGCUACAAGGCACUUCAAU